AAGAGAGCGGAGCUUCAUUCAGCAUCGGCACAGCCAAGAGACACACACGCACACACACACACACACACUCCUGAAUGGACAAUCCAGCGCAUAGAUGAACCGAGCUGACUCGGAAUAAAAGAAAGAAAUUUAAAAGAAACGGAGAUUUUAGGAGAUUUCGUGCGAAAUUCAGACAAAGCGUCCGGGCAGAAAGUUGGACAGGAGACGGACAACACUGAUCCGAACCCGGGAUUCUGGGGGACAUCUCUCGGACCAUCGCAGAGACACUGAGGACGGUGUAAACGGCUGUUGGUUUUGAGUGAACUCUUUGGUGUUUGGUCCCCCUUUGGAGAGGUGGUGCAGGAAGAUUUUAGCCAUCGGCACCGGUGCGUCGAGAGCGCGCAGCUUUGAAACCAGCGCACGAAGACUGAAGCAAGAUGCUGCAGUUCUGCAUCGCUCUUAUCCUUUUAGGAGCCGCUACUGAAGGAGCCUACUUUUCCCAGCAGCCCAAAGACCAAGUAGUGGUGGCUGGGCAAUCGGUGACGCUUCCAUGUGUCAUCGUGGGGUAUCGAGGCAUGGUGCAGUGGACCAAAGAUGGCCUAGCGCUUGGUGGAGAACGUGAUUUACCUGGUUGGGCACGUUACUCCCUUAUGGGAGAUCCGCUAUCAGGGGAGCACAGCUUGGUGAUCGAAUCAGCGGAGCUGGCCGACGAUGCCGUGUACGAAUGCCAGGCCACGCAAGCAGCACUGCGCUCACACCGAGCCAAACUCACCGUCCUGGUGCCACCUUCGGACCCUGUCGUGGAGGGAGGGCCCGUGGUGCGGCUGAAAGCUCACUCUCCCCAUAACCUGACCUGCCGGGCAUCUGGAGCCAAGCCUGCAGCUGAGAUCACCUGGUACAGAGAUGGAGAGGUCAUGCACACUGCUAUUUACUCGAAGACAUUGAUGGAGGAUGGGAAGAGGGAGACAGCGGUCAGCCUAUUACCUCUAGUACCCGAUGACCGUGACUCAGGACGGACCUACACCUGCAGGGUCCUAAACCCUGCAGCCCCAGCCGGACGCCAGACCUCCAUCACCAUCAACGUUCAACAUCCUCCGUCUGUCACUCUGUCCGUUCAGCCUCAGACUGUAAUGGAGGGAGCCAAGGUGUUGUUCAUCUGCUCAGCUUCUGCCAGCCCGGAGAUCACAGGCUACAGGUGGUCCAAAGGUGGCGUCCCCAUCCCUGACGCCAAAGGGGACAAUCUGGAGGUGACGGUGGACUACUCGUAUUUCACAGACCCCGUGUCCUGCGAGGUGUCCAACUCUGUGGGAAGCACCAAUGUCAGCACGCUGGUGGACGUGCAGUUUGGUCCCAGGUUGCUAUCAGAGCCCAAACCACAGACGGUGGACACGGGCAUGGACGCGGCAUUUACUUGCGCCUGGACUGGCAACCCUCCGCUCACCCUGGCAUGGACCAAACUGGGAUCCAGCGUGGUCCUCAGCAACAGCAACACGCUGCACCUAAAAGCAGUGACUCAGGAAGAUGCCGGGACGUACACCUGUAAAGCCAUCGUACCAAGGAUCGGUGUGGCAGAAAGAGACGUCACGCUUACUGUAAACGGUCCACCCAUCAUCACGGCUGAGGCUACGCAGCAGGCUGUCAAACACGCCAAAGGAAAGCUGGAGUGUCUGGUGGGCAGCAGCCCUCCUCCUGACAAAAUAGUGUGGACAUUCGGGGACAUGAGCUUGUCGUCCGGUUCGUCGGGCCGUUUCUCCGUUCAGACGGUGAACAGCGACCGCGGCGUCCUGUCCUCCCUCGUCCUGUCCGAGACGCUGGCUCAAGAUUUCCAGCUGAGAUACAACUGCACGGCGUGGAACCGCUUCGGAACCGGCACGAUGCUCGUCAUGCUCAAAGAACAAGAAGCACUGCCGUUGCUCAUCAUCAUCGGGUCGUCAGUUGGAGGCGGCUGCGUUUUCAUCGUCUGUGUCAUCACCCUGGCGUCCAUCUGCUGCCGCCACGCCGCUAAAGGUAAAAAGGGGACACGCCUAUCCAAAAGUGACAUCCGUGUGCAGAUCGUACACAGCGACCACAACGCAGCUCGUGGCAACGAUGACGAGGAGGACGUGAAGGAGCCGAUGGCUCCCAACAGCAGUGAGUCUCCCGGGACGUCACGCACCGAGCACAGCGAUCUGCUGGAGGAGGAAGAUGAUGAAAGAUCAGAUAUUAAGGACCCCACGAACGGCUACUACAACGUCCGAGGUCAUGAUGACCGCCAUGUUGCCCGGACUGGCUUUUCCGAGUUUGUCCCAACCUCGCGUCCCGUCUACACACCUUGUCAGCUUCCAUCUCCAGGUCCCCUGUACAGCCAAACCACCACUCAGGCACGUGUUUACGACUUCUCCAACCGCUACGCCACCACACCGGCCAACCGCACCACCUACGAGCAACAACCACAGCAACAACAGCAGCAGCAGCAGCAGCAGCAGCAGCAACAACAACAGCAGCAACAACAACAACCGCAGCCACAACAGCAAACAACUCCCACAAUGUACCCACAGGACCCGCUGUACCUGCCCAAUACCUACGGCCGCGCCUUCACCAGCUACGUCAAACCCGCCUCCUAUGACAAAGUGGAUACUUUUGAGCAAUCAGAUCAGGCCAGUAAGGUGUCCGGGUCGUCCCGCUUCUCCUACGCGUCCUCGCAGCAGUCCGACUACGGACGGCCAUCCCAGCAGCGCAUGCAGACUCACGUGUGAGUGCCGGACUUGUAAAGUGUAAUCAACAAGGGACAACAAAGCGUGCAUUUGGAGACAGAUUCGGAAGGGCCUUCUUGAGCUCUCGGGAGAAAAGCUCAAGUCACCUUUGGAUCCUCUAAGCUAAUUUAAUUAUGUUUAGCUUUGUCUAAUAGCUGAACUUCUGGUGAAUGAAUGCCAUCCUUUUGUAAUCCCACUUAUUAUGGAGAUUGGCACACGAGGACGCUUCGGCAUCUCCGAGCGGUCUGUGAUAGCAGUCAGAGACGGAUCAAAUGGACUAACUUUUGUAAAUGAGAUGCUAAUUAUCUUACGCUGGACCACAAUCAGAAAAAAAAAAAAAAAAAAAAAAAAGUCUUGUGCUGGCAUGCUGAAGGAAUCGUAAGCACAUUUUGUGUGUCGUUGACAUGAGGACUGAACUACAACAGGAAAUCACAGAUAAAUUGAGACAAACUGGUGGAAAUUAGGGCUCUUUUAUGAAAGCUUCAUCUGCUGUUAGGGUAUUUCUGAAGACUUUUCGAAAAUAAAAGGAUGUAAUGAAGAGAGAGAUGCGCUUUAGUCGAAUUUGUCUCUGAUUAGCAGAACAAAGAGGGAGACGAAAGCCCUAAUGAAGAUGCAGCCCAGACACAAGAGGCGUAUUUUGCAUCCCAAAAUGGCAUGUUAUUGGUUUUGGGGUGCAAAUGAAAGGUGCCUUGCUUGUAUUAAGAAGCUGGUGGCAAUCUGAAACUGCGAAAUUUAAACGCAGUAAUAGUUUAGCGACUGUGAUUUUUACUUAUAAAAAAAAAAAAAAAGGAAAUACAAAAAAGUGGGCCGAGUCGUUCUGUCUGAAGUGACACAAUCAAACAUUUCUGCCAUGUUUACACACAAUAAAAAAGGUUGGACACAAUGCUCCUGAUAAACGAGUGUACAAAUCCCGGGGGUAUAAAGCCCUCUCCUCUUGUCUGUUGCAUGCAGAUGACGUGUCUAUGUGAACGUAUCGAACGUUUCUUUCCAUGUCCAUUGCUUUACUGCACCUAACGCCAUUGGAUCGUGGUAAUCCCGGUAACCGGGUCCCCCUGUACUGCCAUUUUUUUCCCCUUUCUUUCUUCGGGCCUAAGUGAUUUCAAUUUUGGGGAGGGGUGGGGGGUUAAAUUCACAAUUCAAGUGAACUGUGCUGAAAAACACAUUGCUUGUCUUUAUUUUUAUACUUUGUAUAAGCCUUAAUGUACAGUGUGUACGCUGCUCAACUGUAAAAUACAUUUAUAUUAUGAAUGCGUAUAAAUAUAUAUAUCUAAUUUGAUUUUUAUUGGUUUUAUUUUAACACGAUUUUAGUUCCGUUUCCCCCCCCCGCGUGAGCUUGAGUUUCUCAUCAUUCUUGGGGUUGUGUUUCCUUUUUGACACCUUUUUUUUUGUUGCUUUUUUAAGAUUAUGCAUUGAAAUUUUACUUGCUAAAAUGAGCUAUUGUUGCUUGUAACUUUGUACACAUAUUUAUAUUUAAAUAAAACCAUUUCAAA